AAUUCCUUGGAUUAUUAAAUUAAUAAAUAUUUUACUCAUAUUUUUUUCUUAAAACCCCCCAACCUCAGUGUUCCCUUUCGAUUCGUCCUUGUACAUGAAGAAAAUGGUGACGCCUUCCUCAAUCUCUCCUCCUCUUGUUUCUCUUAGGCUUUAUCACCUCCUCCUCUAUCUUUGAGCACUUUCUUCACUCUGGAUCUUUUCUUCUUUCAUAAAUUUUCUUUUAUUCAUCUUCUUCUUCAUUUCUUUAUGGGGGCUGGUUUCUCUGCUUUUGCUUAUUCAUCCAGUAAUGGAGGUCCUUCUCUGUUAAGACCCACUCUUGAUGAUGUGCCUGAGAGCUGUGUCUCUUCCAUUCUUAUGUACUUGGAUCCACCGGAAAUAUGUAAACUCGCCGGGUUGAGCCGGACCUUCCAUGGCGCUUCUUUAGCUGAUUUUGUGUGGGAGACGAAGUUGCCAUCAAACUAUAAAACUCUUGUUAAGAAAUUUUUACAAGAAAGUCCAGAGAAUUUGAGCAAGAAGCAGAUCUAUGCGAGAUUAUGUGAAACUAAUUGCUUCGAUGGUGGCACCAAGCAACUUUGGUUGUAUAAGAGCAGUGGCAAGAUUUGUCUGUCGCUUUCAUACAAGGCAUUGAAGAUUACUGGGAUAGAUGAUCGGAGAUAUUGGAAUCAUAUUUCAUCCGAGGAGUCCAGGUUCCAUAUGAUUGCAUAUCUUCAACAAAUUUGGUGGUUUGAAGUAAUAGGAGAAAUAGAGUUUGAAUUUCCUCCGGACACAUAUAGCCUCUUUUUCAGGCUUCAAUUAGGCAAAGCAUCAAAAAGAUUUGGACGAAGAGUGUGUAACAUGGAUCAAGUUCAUGGAUGGAAUAACAAACCAGUCCAGUUUCAGCUAUCAACAUCCAACGGUCAGCGUGCUUCAUCAGAAUGUUACCUGCAUGAACAAGGAAACUGGUUUUACUAUAAAGUAGGUGAGUUCACAGUCGAAAAACUUCACACACAAAUUAAGAUAAAAUUUUCCAUGACACAGAUCGAUUGUACGCAUACUAAAGGUGGUGUAUGCCUGGAUUCUGUGUUAAUAUGCCCUAGUGAGUUAAGACACAAAUUAAACCAAUCUCAAGCUGUCAAGACGAACGCCUUGAGGUCUGGGGAUAGCAGGAUACAUCUGGGUCUGGGUUUGUGAUUGUAAUUUUUGUGUUUGAUGAAGAUUGUUCAAGGCUUCAAGCUUCAUGGAUAGCCAUGUGGGAAGCUUAUUUUUUUGUUGUUGUUUCACUACAUGAAGCAGAGACAAUUUUAAGUUUUUUUUUCCUCUUUAAAGAGGUGAUAAUGCAAUGCAGAGCAGCUUUUUUGUAUAUAUAAAUUUCCAAUUAAAAAAAAAAAAAAAUUCCAAUUCCAAAUAAUUUGAAUGCA